AUGCUGAAAGUCCCCUCGCGUAACAAGGCCAGCGGCCCAAAUGCGGUCACGAAAGCAGUCAUUCUGGUGGGAGGCCCAUCUCGAGGAACUCGCUUCAGGCCGUUGAGUCUGGAUCUCCCAAAGCCUCUCUUUGAGGUUGCAGGCCACCCCAUCAUCUGGCACUGCUUGAAGGCUGUUUCCAAAGUCCCAGACAUCAAAGAAGUCAUUCUCAUCGGCUAUUAUGACGAAAGUGUCUUCCGUGAUUUCGUCAAAGACUCUUCGAAAGAGUUCCCCCAGAUCAAGAUUCAGUACCUCCGCGAGUAUCAAGCUUUGGGUACCGCUGGCGGACUCUACCACUUCCGUGAUGCUAUCCUUAAGGGCAAGCCAGACCGAUUCUUUGUCCUCAACUCCGACGUGUGCUGCUCCUUUCCCCUCGAGGCUAUGCUCAAGCUUUUCGAGGAAAAGGAUGCUGAAGCAGUCAUUCUCGGCACUCGUGUGGGCAAUGACGCCGCCACCAACUUCGGUUGCAUAGUGUCGGACACACACACGAAGCGAGUUCUGCACUACGUCGAAAAGCCUGAAGGCCACAUUUCAAACUUGAUCAACUGUGGCGUCUACCUCUUCGCCACUGAGUGUAUCUUCCCGUCCAUCCGCAUUGCCAUCAAGCGGAGGACUGAGCGACCCAGAAUGAUCUCCUAUCCUUCAUCUGAGAACAUUGAGGCAUCUUUCAUUGCCGAUCCAGAAGAAGAUGGAGAGAAGAACGAAGUCCUUCGUCUCGAACAGGAUAUUCUGUCCGAUCUAGCUGACAGCAACCGCUUCUACGUCCACGAAACUAAGGACUUCUGGCGUCAGAUCAAGACUGCUGGUUCCGCUGUUCCCGCGAACGCUCUAUACCUAGCGAAGGCAUUCCAGUCUCAAUCAGACGAGAUUGCAACCCCAUCAGCCAACAUCGUCCCUCCCGUUUUUAUCCACCCUACUGCUACUGUCGACCCGACAGCUAAGCUGGGGCCGAACGUCUCCGUUGGGCCUAAGGCUAUCAUUGGUGCCGGUGCACGUGUGAAGGAGGCGAUCGUCCUUGAGGAGGCAGAAAUCAAGCAUGAUGCUUGCGUUCUCUAUGCAAUUAUUGGCUGGAACAGUCGCGUUGGUGCGUGGGCCCGAGUUGAAGGCACUCCCACCCCGGUUAGCAGCCAUACCACCAGCAUCAUCAAGAAUGGUGUCAAGGUUCAGGCCAUCACGAUUCUUGGUAAAGAAUGUGCGGUGGGUGAUGAGAUUCGAGUCCAGAAUUGUAUCUGCCUGCCUUACAAGGAACUGAAGCGCGAUGUCGCCAACGAAGUCAUCAUGUGA